AUGUCCCAUAGUCCUGCCGAGGUGACCGCUGCAGACGCCCUAGCCAAUAUGUCUUCAAUCAACAGUCCUUUGAUCUCUGAUCGUUCUACUGCCAGCAACGUGUCCGAGGGUAGCAUCGAUGAGCUUGAAUUACCGCCUCCUGUCAAGCUGAGGCCUUCCGACUAUCUUCAAACCAACGUCGGCGUUAUCUUGGAUUCAGGCACAAACAUGAAUGAGGGUCUGGGACACAUUCCCCUCUUCAAUGCCGCGCCUCUGUCCCCUAUAUCGUUGGCUAGCAACCACAACAGUUAUGUUACGACCGAACACGCGCCCAGCGCGGAAGAAGGUGACAACGAAGGAACACCGCGUCGACUGGAAAGCCUUGAUCCUCCUGAAUCCGGCCCGAUUGAUUUCUCAGCCGUAAUCCCCGCAUCAAGCGGCUACUGUUCACC